AGUGAAUCACCAGGCGCCGAGUCCCGGGUUGCCUGGGCUCCCAGAGGUAAUGCCCUGGAAGGCUGGGAACCUGUGGGAGGCCGAGGCGCGCGCAGAGGAGUACGGCCGGUAGGAGUACAGCCGGGAAGAGUCCGAUCAGGGGUAGGCGGACGCCGUGCAGGAUAGAUGGAGGCGGGGAGGCUACGGCCGGUGCUGCGCUCGGUGAAUUCGCGGGAGCCGUCCCAGGUCAUCUUCUGCAACCGCAGCCCGCGCGUCGUGCUUCCCGUGUGGCUCAACUUCGAUGGCGAGCCGCAGCCCUAUCCCACGCUGCCGCCAGGCACCGGCCGUCGCAUCCACAGCUACCGAGGUCACCUUUGGCUCUUCCGAGAUGCCGGGACAUAUGAUGGGCUCCUGGUUAACCAAACGGAACUAUUUGUGCCGUCUCUCAAUGUGGAUGGACAGCCUAUUUUUGCCAACAUCACACUACCAGUGUAUACCCUAAAAGAGCGAUGCCUUCAGGUUGUCCGAAGCCUAGUCAAGCCUGAGGAUUACAGGAGACUGGACAUUGUGAGGUCACUCUAUGAAGAUCUGGAAGACCACCCAAAUGUGAGAAAAGACCUGGAGCGGCUGACACAGGAGCAUAUUAAAAACCAACGGAUGGCUGAGGAGAGUGAAGAUUUUAAUUUGCCCUUCUGAGUCCUCGCUUUUGAUGGAACUGACUAGUCUUCAUCUAGAUAUAGGACUGGACACUUAUUCUUGGUUUCAAGGUGUCUCAUUCUUGGAGUCAAAAAAGGAUCCACUGCUCAAGAGAACGUUAACUGACUUCACUGGGUAUUGUGAUGAUCAGGAGCAAAUAUGACAAAAUGUAACGCCUGCCCUCUUUAGAAGUGAUUAUAAAGGGAAAGCAGUUGUAUUUUUGUCUCUUAGUAGGUCAGGAAAGUUUCUGUGUAAGAACUUUUGUGUAAGUAAUGCAAUGAGAAUUGCAGCAUAUUGUUUGAUUGUAAGAAAGCAGUGGCAUCUGCUUUUAAUUGCUGUAUUGUGGUUGGUGAUGUGUCUGCCUCCCACCUGAGAAGACAGAUGCCCUUGAGGCAGGGACAGAUAUGUCUCCUCUUUGAGACCCCAGUGCCUCUCACAUUAUGAGCCUUCAUCAGUGUUUGUUAAAUGAACAAAGCAGUGGAUACUUUGGCGUAGGAAGUAUUUGGAGGGUUUGCCCUUAUUUUUGCAGGGGGUUGGGAAAUAGGGGACCUUAAAGUGUGUAGAGCAAAUAAAUGUGUUAAAAGGAAUCAUUUUGUGCUCGCUUAAGCAGCACAUAUACUACAAUAUGAGUGAUACGGAGAAGAUCAGCAUGGCCCCUGCGCAAGGAUGACAUGUGGGUGGGCGAAGCGGGCGGGAUUCUGCGCGGCGCCCCCAUGGGUGUCCUCACGCCCUGUGCCUGGCUUGGAAGGGAUGUGAGUCAAAGCGCAGGGUGUGGUGCUCAGUAGCAAAAUUGUGACUUUUUACUGUACAAAUAUUCAUGUAAGGCAAUCUGUGAAAUGAAGACAAAACUGAGUUAUACCUGGGGUAUUUGUGCUAAUAUGUUAAUUUGCAUUUCCUUCAUAAACAUUAAACAUUCUGAAAUUGACAUUUAAAAAAUGGGGGGGAUCAUUUUUCUAGAAAGUACUUUCUAUAAUUUUCUAAUUUUUGUACUUUUCACUAUUGUUACAGUGCUGUUUUAUUUCUGUUUCUAAACCAGGAUUAAAUUUGUACAGUUACUGUGAUGAUAGCUUUUUUGGAAAGUUGACAUCUGCACAGAAAAUAGAAGAAAAGAGCUGUCCUCUUGUGUACCUCUAGUAUUAAGGAGAGACUACUGUACUGUGAAGUAGGUUUUUGCCAAGUGUGGUUAUUUCUGUUUCUUUUUGUACAUCCAUGACAUUUCUGUUUGGUUCAGUGUUUUUCACCAGGCAGGAUUUGGUGACACUUUGUUCCUGGCUGGAGGAGAGGCUGAAUCCCUCUAUAAGCUCUAGGAAGUUCUUGCUCACACACAGUGGAUUCAGAGAGUAGCCUGUACUGUUAUACAGUUUUAUGGAUGUAGAGACACUUUUAUAUGCGAGACUUAAAUCCAGUACUCCUAUCAGGCUUCCUUUUUGGUAAUAGUUAAAAAACAUUAGUAGAGAAAAUUUUGGAAAAGACAGAAAAGUAAAAGAAAGAAAAAGAUCACUGUAGAUACACUACUUAAACAUAAUCACUAACUUAACAUUUUGAAUUUUCAACCCUGUUUAGGGUUACUUUUGGUUGGUUGGUUUUUACAUAGUUGAGGUUAUACUGUACAGUUUUGUAUUCUUUCUCAUUUAACUUUACAACUUAAGUAUCUUUUCAUGGCAUCUUUAUAAGCUCUUCAUAAACAUUCACACAAUCUUUCUUCUGUAAAUAAUGUUGGGAUAUUUCUUGGCAUCUUUAGUCCCCUCUUCCAACAUUCAGCAAAAUAGUUGGCCUUUUCUUUUUUUAAAGCACAUGUUAAUAUUCAUUCAGUGGUAAACCUCUAAGUAUCUAAUUUUUUGUGUCGAAAUGUUGGGUAGGGAAGAAGAAAUGCCAGUGCAGCUGUCUUGAGUUCUGGAGUGGGAUAGGAAGGGGAUUGUGGAAGUCUGCUGGUGCUGGAUUAGUUCAGUGUUGGUUUUAUUCUAUUUUUAAUCUGUCUUUGUGUCAAAAUGAGAUUUCAUGUUCCUCUUGUUAAAACAUGCAGUUUGAGCACUGUUUUUUGUGUUGUCCAAGGAGGAUUGAAAACCUGUAGCAUGAACUAAUAUAUGUUUUUCACUUGAAGUCUUAUGAAUGUA